AUGGGCACUACUGCCGCGCAUCGACCGGGCCUCCUCCUCUCACCCGCGGCGGCCGCCGUUGCGCUGCUGUUCUUGUCGUCGUCCUUGAGCCUCGCCGUCGUCGUCGGAGCGCGCGUCAUCCACCCUUACGGCAGCGGCGGCGGAGGUGGACCCUGCGCGCUGGCCGUGGCGCCGCUCGGCUACCCCUGCGAGGAGCACCAGGUGACGACGGCGGACGGAUACAUCUUGAGCCUGCAAAGGAUCCCGAGGGGCCGCGGCGGUGGCGGUGGCGGUGCCUCCUCCUCGCGCGCGGGGCAGCCGGUGCUCCUGCAGCAUGGGGUCCUUGUGGACGGCAUGUCAUGGCUGCUGGCCUCGCCAGAGGAGUCGCUGCCGUUCAUCCUCGCCGACCGCGGCUUCGACGUCUGGAUCGCCAACAACAGGGGCACGCGCUGGAGCCGCCGCCACGUCUCGCUCGACCCCUCAAGCCGGCUCUACUGGAACUGGUCCUGGGACGACUUGGUGGUCAACGACUUGCCGGCCAUGGUUGACUUCGUCAACACACAGACAGGGCAGAAGCCUCACUACAUCGGACACUCCAUGGGGACGCUGGUGGCGCUGGCGGCCUUCUCGGAGGGCCGGGUGGUGGACCAGCUGAAAUCCGCGGCGCUGCUCACGCCGGUGGCCUACCUCGCCCACAUCACCACGCCCAUCGGCAUCCUGCUAGCCAAGGCCUUCGUCGGCGAGGCGCUCUCGGACUUCCUCGGCGUGGCCGAGUUCGACCCGCUAGCGCCGCCGGUGACGAACCUGAUCAGGGCGUUCUGCCGCCGGCCAGGCAUGAACUGCUACGACCUCCUCGGCUCCGUCACCGGCAAGAACUACUGCCUCAACAGCUCCGCCGUCGACGUCUUCCUCAAGUACGAGCCCCAGCCGGCCUCCACCAAAACCAUGGUGCACUUCGCUCAAACCGUGCGCGACGGCGUGCUGACCAAGUACGACUACGUGCUGCCGGAGCGGAACAUCGCCAGCUACGGCCAGGCCGAGCCGCCGGUGUACCGGAUGUCGGGCAUCCCGGCGGGCUUCCCGCUCUUCCUCAGCUACGGCGGCCGGGACUCGCUCGCCGACCCCGCCGACGUGCGCCUCCUCCUGCAGGACCUCCGGGGCCACGACCGCGACAAGCUCACGGUGCAGUACCUGGACCAGUUCGCGCACCUCGACUUCAUCAUCGGCGUCUGCGCCAAGGACUACGUCUACAAGGACAUGAUCGCCUUCCUCAACCGCUUCAACUAG